AGUUAGGAAAUUCAGGCAUGUUUCGUCCAGAAAUGUUGGAGCCAAUGGGACUAGACCCGGAAGUUCGGGUUAUCGCUUGGGGUUUAGGCUUAGAAAGACCCACCAUGAUAAAAUAUGGAAUAAACAAUAUUCGUGAGCUACUUGGACACAAAGUUAAUUUGACCAUGAUUCAAAGCAAUCCAAUAUGUUUAUUUUAG